AAAAACUGAAAAAAAAAAUUUGAUAAAACCGAGAAAAAAUAAAUAAAACAAACACUAACCAUAAACUAAACAAACAUGACCACAACCACCACCACCACCGCCACCACCACCACCACCACCGCCAUGGCCAGGUGGGACGAGUGGGUGCCUCUGAGCCCUCUCCUGGACCAGCUGCCGGACCAUUUCCAGCGCGGCCUGAGUACCUCCGAGCUGCACCUCACCAGCCUGGCCGCCCUGCCCGACAACCUGGUGAUGGGCACUAAUGUUGGACUCGUCUACCUGGCACAUCUCCCGUCACUUAAUCUUAUGAGGCUCAAGUGCGAGAACGCAGCGGAGGGUGUGUCGUGCGUGGCAGGUGUUCGGACAGUGGAGGACAUGAUAGCAGCUGGAGGGACUGACGGCACCAUUACUGUGUUCCAGCUGCCCCGGAUACACAGCCCAAAUCCCAGUACAAAAAGAGAUAGAGGAGCAGGAGGAGACAACCCCCCCACCUACCCCCCCAUCAAACGCUUCACCAUCACCACCACCCACUCAGCGCGCAUCACCGCCCUCACGUGGAGCCUCAAUGGACUGCUUCUCUUCUCUGGCGACUGUUUGGGGGUGGUCGGACUGGUGGAGGUACAGCCGAACCACUGCCAAUGUACCGCUCGGCAUCUGAUCACUGAACCGUCCCCUGUGGUCCAGCUGUCCUAUUUACACCAACGUCUGGCUGUGUGUACCUUAGAGAGGGCGUUAAUCUACCAUAUAGCAACUGGGGAGUGUGUUCAGGUUGGCCGUAAAGCAAGAAAGCAACCUGGUGUGUUUGGGUGCGUCUGGGCAGGAAGUGCAACAAGAAACACAGAUUUGCUUUACACAUCAAGGCCUGGAUUGCGUUUAUGGGCUGCCGAGGGGAGUGGGGAGGUCUCACACACGCAUAUCAUCCGCGAUUUGCCACAGGAACGCGAGACAAGGCUUCUGAACCCAUAUGCUGAGGCCAAACGCGAAGGGGAGUACUUUUCCUUUGGUCUACUGCACUUACUAGGCUCUCACGCCCUUGUCUCACACACCCGACAGUGGCUAGUAGCUUUCGACACCUCCCAGCAGCGCAUUCUCUCCUACAGUGGACGUUUUCGCUCCAUUAAUGCCGUUGCUGUGUCAGAAAACCGUAUAUUUGUUUUGGAAGGCUCACGCACUCUUCUCUGCCUCACCACGCACCCUCCUAGUGAUAUUGGUGCAUGUAGACAGCAGCGGUCACCAAGCCAGGCCCUCCAUGACUUGAGUGUGUUGGGAAGCAAGCUGGUGAUGAAAGGAAAUGGAUUCUUUGACCAGCUGGCGAAGGUCGGGUCAUCUGUGGCAGCUAAGGUCACUGAACAUGCUGCCCCUGCUGUUAUGACCGGCCACAAGGGAGGAGGAGGAGGAGGAGGAGAAGGAGGAGGAGGAGGAAGAGGAGAAGGAGGAGGAUCAGGAAAAAAAGUAGAGGGUUGUGUUGAUUCUCUCUCUCAUUCCUCCCCUCUUCCUCUUCCUCCUGCUAUGUCUUCCUCCUCCUCUUCCUCCUCCUCCUCCUUGUCUUCCGCCUCCUCCCCAGCUGUUGUUGAUAGUGAUGUGAUUAGUGUGGUGGAGGUGGAAGAGGCUGGUGGUGAUGGUGGUGACAAUUGGGGCCCUCUUAUUAUGCCAGUGAGAGUCAAGAGGAAGAAGAAGAAGAAUGCCACCCCACCAGACACCCCCAAGGCCCAGCACAGCAGCCCCCUAGCCCCCAGCACCCCACUGAGCUCUGAGGACACACCAGGGGACAUUCAUACCAAUAUACAAGAGAAAGAGAGUUUAUUGGCCAGUAUUCUUGACAUGGAUUGCUUGAAACUUGACCACCCCUCUGAAGAGCCUGUUAGCCCCACCCCAGGGACACCACAGGGCUCUGAGAUGACCCUGGGAGAGGUGAUGGAAGGGAGUGGAGUGUGGGAGGCGCCAGGAAGUCCAGAGGGAACGCAGUGCUCAACUCCAAGUACGGUGAAGGAGUUGAGCCCAGCACCGUGUUCGUUGACUGGUGCUGAUGACUUCUAUGCCCGUCACUACCAGCGUUAUUUAAGUCUGAGCUCCGUGGAGAGUGUUGACGCCUCCAGCACGUCCCUAGAGCAUGGAGGGACAGUGGAGGAGCAGCAGGAGGAGGACGACGACUUAGAACGCAUUCCCAGCAACUUUAGCGAGGACCGAUCGAGUUGUCUGAGUUACGGACCGCCAUCUGGGAGCAGUCUCACCGUGCAGCCCCCAGCCCCUCCCCUGCCACACCCACAGCCCCCUAGACCAUGCCAGGGCCAGGUGGUGACCCUAAAUGACUCUAAUGACAUUGCUGACAUCACCUGGAGUUACGCACAGGAUGAGGAGGAGGAGGAGGAGGAGAUGAGUGGGGGGUGGGUCAGAAGAGGUGUUCCAGGGAGAGUGUUCAGUAUGGCAGUCUCAUCCACCUGUCGUGCUCUCGUUAACACCUCAGGGCACCUCUACCUGGCUGGCCCUGACCCCAAAGACCCCUGGCGGAAGGUAACACUAACCAGAGAUGCCUUCCAGGUCAGUCUAGGCCCACAGGGGGAUGUGGGGUGGGUGGUGGUGGCAGGGGGUGAGGCUUAUGCAUUUCUCCCGCCCCCCUGUGAUGUGACACCCCCUGCACCCCCCACCAAGAUGGCCGCUGUCUGUAAGGAUGUCAGCCAGGCGAGUGUGGCUGGCGAGUACACCUGGUUUGUGGAUGAAGACUUGCAGGUGUGUGUGUGUCGCAGCAUCAGUGAGGAGGCGGGUGUGGUGCAGGUGUCUGGCGGGUGUGGCGGGGCAGGGGUGGUGCGGGUGACAGCGCGGGGGAGGGUGGUGUGGGCCCUCACCUCGGCCGGGCAGCUGCUGGUCAGAGUUGGCAUCACCACCACCACCACUGCCGCCACCAGCACCAUCGCCGUGGGGCAGGAGUGGAGGGCGGUGGUGGGGCCGGCCUCCCCAGAUGGCCCCAGCAGAGUGGCAGGGAUGGCGCUGGGUCCGGGGUCGGGGUGGGUGGUGGACACAGCAGGGAGGUUGUUUUUCAGAGAGGGUGUGUGUGAUGCCUUCCCCCAGGGUGCUGAUCUCAAGUGGUGGCAGGUAUUGACCAGCAAGUACAUGGUGGGGGAAGAGGUGGAGGUGGGGGGGGUGCUCCUCUCGGCCUCCCAGCAUGGUCUGUGGCUGGCGGAACUGAAUAGCCAAACCUGCUGUGUUCAUCGGCCUGUUGUCAGAGGGCACUGGUGGGAGGUGUGCGGAGAGGAGGUGUGGGCGGCGGUGUGUGCCGAGGGUCUGUACACCACUCAGGGGACGCUCUGCUGCCUCUCACCUCUUGGGCAGCUCUUCCUCAUCAACCCAAACACUGCCUCUUGUGUGCCACUAGAGAUCUCCAGCAACAUCUCAAAAGGCAGUGACAGUGCUGAGGGCGUGGUGGUGUGUGUGAGCCAGCGUCCAGAGGUGCUGUGGGCGCUCACCUCUGCUGGCAGGAUCUUCAUCCGAGCUGGUCUGUCCGCCACUUCGCUGCUUGGAACUCACUGGGAGGAACUCGACUUGAAGCAGAUUGGUGACAUCCAGUUGUGCCACCUUUCCUGCGGCACAGAGGUGGUGUGGGGGGUGGACACACAGGGAGGGGUAUACGUGCGGCAGGGGCCCCUCACCCCAUGCCAUGCCCAGCCUCCUGCCUGGAUACAAGUGGAGCCCUCUGGUGGUGGAGAGGUGGAGUUUACCAAGGUAUUUGUGGGGACGCGUCUUCACCUGGUGUGGGCGCUGGACUCAUUUCAACGUGUGUAUGUCCGUCAAGCUAUCUACCCUGAGCUGUCUCUGGGCCUGUCCUGGGUGUGUGUGCCUGGGCUUCUGGCUACCCAUCUGUCUAUAAGUGAGGACCAAGUGUGGGCUCUGACUCCUGGCGGGGAGGUGUUCCAGCGCACCGGUGUGUCGGCCAACAACUUCAUCGGAGAGGCCUGGGAGAGGGUUCCUGGCAGGCUGGCGGCACUCUCUGUCACCACCGACAACACCCUGUGGGGCUUGAACACCAGUGGGCACCUUUGUCACCAUUCCAUUAAGGACACCACCACCACAGAGGACAACACCACGCCACGCACCCACUCCCUCUCUCUCUCUGAGCCCGAUGACUGGGAGAUGCUGUGAGGAGGAGGAGGAGGAGGAGGAGUUUUGUUAUGUGGAUUAGAAGAAUGAAUGGAUGAAUAGAAGGAGGAGGAAGAGAUU